ACCUUUCUUUCUCUUUAGCAGUGGGCUACUUUUGCCAGAGCCUGGUAUCUCCUCGAUGCAAAGAUGCAACCACCAGGAAAAAUAGCAGCUGCGACUGUAAUCAGACUUGAAGGCAGGCAUAAACCUAUUUAUCAUGCAUUAAGUGACUGCGGAGAUCAUGUUGUCAUAAUAAAUACAAGACAUAUUGCCUUCUCUGGUAACAAAUGGGAACAGAAAGUAUAUUCUUCACAUACUGGCUAUCCUGGUGGUUUCAAACAAGUGACAGCAACUCAGCUCCAUUUGAAGGAUCCAACUGCUAUUGUUAAACUGACUAUUUAUAGAAUGCUUCCAAAAAACCUUCAGAGAAGAACUAUGAUGCAGAGGCUGCACCUGUUCCCAGAAGAUGUUAUUCCAGAAGAUAUACAGAAGAAUCUUCUACAAGAGAUUCCUCAGCCACGUGCAGUCCCCAAGAGGUUAGAUGAAUAUACACCAGAAGAAGUUGCUGCCUUUCCAAAGGUUUGGACUCCACCUAAAGAUUUUCGAAGGAACUAAUAACAAUAAAAGAAGAAGAACUGCCAUCAGGAAUGUCUCCUCCUUGAAAAAAAAUUCUUCUAACAUGGAAGCAUCUGUGCAUCUCAGUCAACCCUUCUAUACAGAAUGUUUCUGACAGGUGUUAGCAAACUUUAUUUGGAAAGAUUACAGAAAUUACUGUAUUUGAAACAGCUAAGAAUGGAUAUUAUGUUGUUGAUGCCACCUGUACUCUGAGUUGUAUGACCUGGUAUUUGUUAAUUACAUUUGCUUUAAUAGUAUUAUUAAAGAAUUGAUACAUUUUUAAUGAAUAUUUACAUCUCGUGGAAACAGUACAUUGUUUACUGAAGUAUCUCGCUUUAAAAGUUGCAAAACUUGAUUUCCAUGCAGUAAGAGCAGCGAAUAAUUAUGUUCAGAGAGCUCCCACGAACGGCACGGUGUCGGUAAAUAGUCUGAUUUGCUUUUCUGGUAAAACAGGUGAUCGAUCCAUCUUUACACAGCUUGGUGAAUAAGAGGAUGCCAGUCUUAGUACAGAAAAAGGAAAUUGUUCAUGUAGAACUCGUUCUCUCUUUGGGGGAUGUGAAAAAAAAAAAAAAAAAACCCAACAGUGGCUUGAGCUGUUGAUUACUUCUGUAAUAUAUUGUGCGGUUCUCCCAAAAGCCUCUUCUAGAAUGCGGAGUGUAUAUACCGUAUGAAAUUCACGAUUAGAUUUUGCUGCACACAUGUCUAUGCAGGCCUGCAGUUUCCUUAUCUUUUUAGGUGAGUAUACCCACUGCAGUUACUGUGGUGGUGGUAAGCAAAAUCAAACUUAUUCCAGAGCCAAAUUGCAUUAGAAAAACACAGCUCUUCAGAGGAAGCAGUGCACGUACCAAACAUGCGUGCAUGCCUACUGUAGUCCUUUCAGAGAUAAGAAAAAUAUUGUUAAAAGAUGCAUCUUGGAGAAAUGAGGAAGCGGUGAGAUUUCUGAUGGUCAUUUUUUAUGUCCCGUGGGAGUUUAUCUCGCAGUCUUCAGCAGCCUUCUAGAAAGAGUGUUUCUGCCCAAAUCUCAUUUUGAUUCAAGUCACGCAAACACGCCUGCCUUACUUAACAAAUGUAUUAAAGAAUGAAGCAGCAACAUUUUUCUUAUGAAAACCAAAUAAGAAAACUAAUGUGUUGAAUGAUGCAAAAUAAGUUUUAAAAAUUAUUUUGCUUCUGCAAAUUACUUCCCUGAAGUUCAUUACUGCUUUUCUGUCCAGAUAACCCUCAAGCCAAAGCUGUUGUGUAGAUAAAUGACACACCUGUUGUUUUCUGUAUAGUAAAAGGUGCUGAUAUGUUAUCAUCUGCCAAAUUUUACAAUGUUUGGUGAGGAAAAUUUGUUUUCUAUAUCUGUUGUACACAAGCAUCAUAUAAGAAGAAAAGCAUUGUUAUAUUUAUAAUCAUAUUUCAUUAUAUGAAAUAACGAUUUGGUUUCAGGCGUUUCUUUGGCAUUCAGAUGAGCUUAUCCUGGGAACCGUUCCUAUCCAGUGAACGUGCAGACUUCAUUUCCAAGUCAGUAACCACAUGUAAUUAACUAGUAAAAGUAUUUUUAAAAGGAGUAGGUUAAAGUAAAUGCUCCUUUUUGUGUAAGGACACAGUAUUGGUAAGAUCUGGGUGGCAUCAGCUGUUCAUCAUGUGCUGAAUACUUUACAGUCGGCAACUUCAGUUUCUUAGGCCGGCUGGAAAAAUACGAGACACUCGUGAUUAUUCAGAGACUGAAUUUUGGAGAAAAUGUUGACCAUCUGCAUCUCUCUUUCUUACUUUUUCUGGCGAACGUAGAAAUCCUGAAUAAUGUUUUUAUAACUUGGUAGUGCCCACCGGUUACUUUUCAUUACCAAGGUGUACCCAGCAAGUGAACGUAUGACCGGUGAUACAUGAAGCGUCUGGUUAGUGGGGUGCCAGUAAAUGUCAUUAUAAAUACAAAGUUAAACUAACUAGUGCAAUUAAAGUUUGUGCAUUAGUAUGUAAAGUAAGUUAGAAAAUUGUAGUGAGUAUGCCUACUUUAUUACCCCCAAGUAAUCGUUUGUUUGAUUCGCUGCAUGUACAUCCCAUAUGGCGCGAGGGGGAUGAUGGUUGUGUUGGUGGCCAGUCGGGUGCGUGUCCCAGAGCUGGGGACCCCACAGGCCGGGGGCACCCGGGUUCCCCGUGGGCAGAAGGGUGCAGUGCUGCUCCCAGCUGCGCCCCCAGCCCGGACAACUGGGGACCAGUGCAGGAACUGUUGGAGGGGCACAGCGUGGGUGACACCAACCGCACAGCACAGGCACGCUCAGGGAUUUGGUCAGGCUGUUACUGUUCAUUUCAAAUAUGGGGCAAAUAAAUAACACCAAUUGCCUUAUUUUGAAGCGUUUGACUAUGUCUAUGCUGUCUUCCGCACGUCCCUGGUUUUGCCCUACUGCUCUUCCUGGUCCCACAGGAGCUUGAGAUUUGGAUAUAGCCUUGCUUGACGACCAGUCUGGGGUGCAAAUUAAUUAUGAACUUUAAUCAUGUGAUGCACCCAUAACCUUUAAUUUUAGUAAUAUCUCUCUGUCAACUAUGUGUGCCAGGCUAUGAUAGGCACGUGUGUGCGCACACAGCCGUGCUCACUUGGUGCUGAAGUAUUCUGUAAACUGGGGGUAAGCUGCUUGAAGGUGAAGUCCGUAAGAUGAGCGAUAGUUUUCUACCUUCUACUUUAAAUGCAUGUCCAGGUAAGGAAAUGACAUUCAACUCACGUUUCCAUCAGCUUCUCUCACCUUUCUCUAAGGAAGUGGUGGGAGCUAGGGGUGAGAGAAAUAACAGGAGAACAGAAACACAGCAUAGAAAGUCAUACAGCCACCUAGCCAGGUCUUGCCCUGGGAUAUACACAGCUGUGGGUGUUAGUCACAUGUAUAAAUGUUUUGUGUUACUAACAAGGCUGAAUUCUAGGCCAGAUAAUGUGAGAUCACACAGCAAAGGUACCAGUUUGUCUUCUUCCUGGUGAGCUAAGAGGGUGUCUGGCAGUGGCCAGAAGCAAAAGCUUCUUUCUUUCUUUACUGGUCUUUCUUUAACUGAGCACGAACAGAUCGAACCCACUCAGGGGCAAGCAGGAACACAGUCCUGGGAUCCACAGGCCAUCCUCGCUACGUGUCUUUAUAGGGCUGGAUUAGAAGCGGUCCGAAUCUAUGCUUUCAACUUAAAUGAACAUUUCUGAGCUUCUACGUUAAAUCCUGCUUUGAUGCUUAGUCUCCAUAGUGCCGUUCAAAGCUGUUCAUUGAGUCACUUUAUAAUUUACCUGGUUUGCUUUAACAUAAUGAAUUGCUUUGUGCUCCUCAAGUGGUUGGGUUGGGGUUUUUCCUUCCUCUCGUCAUUCGCUGAUCCAAGUUGCCUUCGCGACUACACCUGCCAGUCUUUUAGCCUUGGCGUGUCAAUAUGUAAAAUCUCACGUCCAUAGAUGACACGACCACCUCAUCCCAUAGUUACUCUCUACACUGUUCAUAUAUAAUUUUAAAAAUAAGGCUAAAUAUUGUUUCUACUAAGUGCCUAUAUCCUUUAAAAUAAAACUGUUGCCCAAAAGUGUUGAAAAGGAAAAUGUACUUUCUUCUCUUUACAUUCUGUUCCCCAAAUAUGCAUACAGUUGUUCCAAGCUAAAAAUCAAUCAAAUACAGAAUUAAUGUAUAAAAGCUUGCCACUUUUAUUUGCGUACAAAACAGAAAUGAAAGAGGUUCACAAUAAAUUAUCAGUGUGCUCCCAC